UGUGAGCCGGGAGCCCGGGCUGAGCAGCUGCUGCUCCCCGGGGUCUAGUAUUAACCCCUCCGUGCCCGGCCGGGGGGGCGUUCUCCAGCCGGGACCAGCCCCGGGGCGGGGCCCGCAGGCUGCAGCGUAACAUCAAUAUUUUGUGCCAGAUCUUUUCAUCCUUCCAGGGAUCAGGGAAAUGGCUGCAGUGGAGCCAGUUGAGGGGCCAAUGGCCUUCGAGGAGGUGGCUGUGUAUUUCACGGAGGAAGAGUGGGCUCUGCUGGACCUCGCUCAGAGAGCCCUCUACAGAAACGUCAUGCAGGAGAACUAUGAGACCGUGACCUCGCUGGAGUUUCCAGUUUCCAAACCUGAUAUCAUCUUCCAGCUGGAACCAGGGGAAGAGCUGUUGUCCCCAGAUCUCCAGGGCUCAGAGGAAAGAGAGAUCCUGAGAGACAUCUGCACAGCAGGUGCUGGGCUGUUGAGUGAGACCAUGGAGCAGAAUUCUCAACAGGAAGAUGAUGAGGAAGUGGAACCACGUGGCAAAUUAUUGCAAAGAUGCAAAGGGAGUGUGUCCAGGAGUUGUGAUCAGGGAAAAGCCUGUGAGAGUCAGCACAUUCCAGAGAGGUGGCAGGAAAACCAGCCAAUGCAAAAAGUUGGUCAAUCUGUUUAUUAUCGGGGGACUCACAGACAUCUCAAGGAAACCACGGCCCAGCAGAGAAUCCCCAUGGGAGAGAGAAACAACAUGUUUAUUGAGGGUGGAAAAAAGUUCAGUAGGCGCUCACACCUUAUUAGACAUCAGAGAAUCCACACAGGGGAGCGACCCUAUGAAUGCUGCCAGUGUGGGAAAACUUUCACUCGGGGCUCACACCUUAUUAGACAUCAGAGGAUCCACACAGGGGAGAAACCCUAUAGAUGCUGUAAAUGUGGGAAAACCUUCACUGGGCGCUCAAACCUUCUUAGACAUCAGAGGAUCCACACAGGGGAGAGACCCCAUGAAUGCUGUGAGUGCGGGAAAACCUUCACUGAGCACUCAAACCUUAUUCAACAUCAGAAGAUCCACACAGAGGAAAAACCCUAUGAAUGUUGCGAGUGUGGGAAAACCUUUACUCGGCGCUCAACCCUUAUUAGACAUCAGAGAAUCCACAAAGGGGAUCGGCCCUAUGAAUGCUGCCAGUGUGGGAAAACUUUCACUCGGGGCUCACACCUUAUUCGACAUCAGAGGAUCCACACAAGGGAGAGACCCCAUGAAUGCUCAUCGUCGAAGACUUUUUCCUUAUAUUCAAACGAAACUGUGACAUCUACCACCAGGGCUGUUCCAUCUUUAACAAGGAUGAGGUCUGGUUUCCUUAGCUCAUUCUCAGCAGUGUGUAAGUGAGGUUCUUCAUAAAUCACCCAUUUCAAUUCAUGGGCUUCCCGCUUCAAUGUAUCACAGUUUGUUAUUCUUCAUAUGUGGGCACCUCGGACUGCUGGACAUUGUCCUAGAAUGUGAGCUAACAAUUUGUAAGAGGCAGGGCAGUGCCUGCAAUUCACAGUUUGAUUAUUCUUGCCAUGUCCUAGGUAUUCUCUGGUGGGAUACAUCUUUGAUCUGAGUUUGAGGACUGUCAGAAAUUGAUGUUCUUAGAACCCACAAUGAAAUUUCAACCAAUCUUGCUAAUUGAAUCGUUAUAAAAGCAUUCAACUCCACUGCCUUGGCAUUGUAGAUUUUUUCACUGGGACAAUUCUGCAUCUCUCCAGUUACAUGGGAUUGGGUAUAUUUUUUUAGGAGCCAGUUUCUCCCACUCAUUGAGAAGUUCCAAGACACGGUGUGGUAGUCUGUUGUCGACAAAAACUGGGUCUGUUACCAUAGGUAUCUCUUCCUCAUUCCUCACCAGCAGCCACCCAGGGAUU